AUGGCGUCCUUCGGCCGCGUCUACGUUUCGUCGCCGAUCCUCGCCAUGCAGCCGCAGGCACCUCACCAGGUCUCGUUUGGCGGCAACCCCUUCUUCCAGGCCCAGCCCUUCUCCUUCUCCCAGUCUAGCUCAUGCGGCGCACGGCUCAUUCGUACCUCCGUGCUCGCCGGCCGCAAGCGCACUCGGGACGAGGCUGCCAUCAACCUCGACCCUCCUGAGAAAGUGGUUUCAAACAAUGCUGACUAUGUCGUCGGCACUAGCUCUCGGUCCGCCACGUGGGCCGAAGAGCGCGCUGUCGAGCAACAAGGUCAAAAGACCGAGGCCGCGCUCCGCGCCCAGCAGCAAUUGGCCCAGUCCCGUCCGUCUCUGCGCAGCUGCAAGUCGCAACGUCUCGAUCUCAGCGCCUCCAACGACAGCAACGGCAGCCAGCGCUCUGGCAGCCCUUCCCGUGAAAUCAGCAACCCCAUGACCUCCUCUUCGGACUCGCUCUCCCAACCUAUUGUUGACGACUUCACCAUCCACCUUGGCAUUGGCUGGAGCCGGCUGAGCCCUUCCAUCCAGGACGCGGCGCGUGGUUGGGCCCGUUACAUCGAGAACCACUAUCCCGUCACCAAUGCCAAGCUUAUCCUGCAGAGCCGCGGUCUUGAGUCGUACCUUGUUGAAGCCAACGAGGGGUAUUUCCUUUUCGAUGAGAGCCUUCGCAAGGGCCGUCUCGUCAGCCGUACCCCCGAAGGCGCCCUGCGCAACCUCAAGGUUUCGCCUCCCGUCUUUGAGGGCGCCGACGUUAUGAACGCGUCACCCACUGCUAAGAUCGCGCAUUCCAACGACACUGCUACCACUACCAACACGUCUGUGGACAUCGACAUGAACUAA